UGUUUCAUACUCGGCACUUUUCUGUUAAUUUAAUUGACGGCCGCUUGUUGUUUGCGGCAGCCGUUGGUGUGUGUUUUCAUUUAUUCAUUUCCAUUUCAACUUUUGUUUAUAAAUUAUAAUUAACGACUGUGAUGUGAAGUAGCAGCAAAAGGCGAAAAAACAACUUCGACUCAUUGAAUUUCCUAACGCUCUGGAAGCACUGUACAACGGCCUCAUCAAGUGCUGGCGCUGGCGGCAAGCAAUGAAUUUAAAAAGUCACGCAAAUGAUAGAGGGAAAUCGUCUGGUAAUAAAAAGGAAGAAGAAACAAAUACUGGAAAACCUGAAGGAAAAAAAGUAGACGCUAAGGCGAUUGCAAAUAAAAGUGUUGAUGCUGCUGUUGUUGCCGUUGAUAAAGGAAAUAUAAGACGCGAGUGCAGCAAAGUUGAUUUCGCAACGGCAAGAGUAAAUAAUUUAUAUGAAGAAACAAUUGAACAGGCGUCGUCGUCAGCAGAGGCAGUGCCUUCAUCCCUCUUGAUAGCAACAAUUAACAAAAGCAAAAACAACGCCACCAACAGCAGAAGCAACUGCAUUUGCCGCGCCAGCAACAAACUGAAGAAGCAGCAACAGCAACGACGAAAAUCGCUUUAUGAAAACCACAGCGGUAGCAACAACUACAGCCACAGAAAAACUGAUGUACAAAUAUUUACCAAUACAGAAGAACUCAAUCAAGUCAAUUUAAAUUCGUCGUCAACGUCGACGCCGACGGUGGCGCCGCAGCUAACGGCGACAGCAGCGCCAACGAAGCUGCUGUCGUCAGAGUCUUCUCAACCGGCACCAGCAAUAGCAACAGCAAGAGCAGCAUCAACAGUAACAACAACUGCGACCUCAACUGAGGCUGAUCCAGUCACUGAGAUAGCGCGGCAACAACAGCAACAAGAGCGGCAACAAAAACAACAGCUGAUUAUGUCGCCAGCGACAAUCACACCCCCCUCAGUCACAGCCCCAGUCCCGACAAUGUCUGCUAAAUUGCGAAAAUCGCAUUCAACGCCGGCUCUCAAAUUCGAUGGCAGCAACAUAGUGGGCGAGCACAGCAUUUAUGGAUACAAUAAAAAUACUAUCAAGUACGCUGUGGACUCUGCGACGGAGGCUAGUGAUAGCGUUGUUGUUCAGACCCACUCCCCUCACAAUAAGCGACAGCAGGAGCCAUAUGAUCAAUACUCGUGUGGCAGCAACAGUUGCAGCUUGGCGGCAACACCAAUAACAACAGCGACUGCAGCUGAAACAGGAACAGGAACAACAACAACAGCAACCACACCGGAGUCCUUGCGCUUUGGAUGUGCGCACUAUAAGCGACGUGCUAUGUUUGUGACUCCCUGCUGCAACAAGUUCUACAAAUGUCGCUUCUGCCACGAUGAGAACGAGUCCCACCACUUUGAUCGUAAAACGCUCACGGAGCUCAUCUGCUCCGAGUGCAAUACACGUCAGAAGGUUCAGGAGCAGUGUCAAAAGUGCGGCGUACGUUUUGGAAAGUACACAUGCUUGAUAUGUAACCUCUUCGAUGAUUCGGACAAAAAACAGUAUCAUUGUCAUGGCUGUGGCAUCUGUCGGAUCGGAGGCGCCGACAAUUUCUUUCAUUGCGAAGUUUGCAACAUGUGCUUGCCCAUACAAUUGAAGAUUGAUGGGCAUAGGUGCGUUGAGAAUAUUUCCCGCUCACAUUGUCCCGUCUGCCUGGGCGAUAUUCACACCUCUCGCAUUCCUUGCCACAUUCCGGAUUGCGGCCAUUUGCUGCACAAAAUGUGCUUCGAUCAGCUGCUCGCCUCUGGUCACUACACGUGCCCCACGUGCCAGACAUCGCUGAUUGACAUGACGGCGCUUUGGGAGUAUUUGGACGAACAGGCUCUGCGCAUGCCCGUACCACUUAAGUGUGAGAACCAACGUGUCCAUAUUUUCUGCAAUGAUUGCCACAAGACUGGCAAAACCAAAUUCCAUUUCAUCGGACUUAAGUGCGUCCAUUGUGGCGCCUACAACACCACACAGGAUGUGAAACGUCGCCUAUCUCUGGUCACCGAUGAGCCCUCUUCGGCAUAACAUGCUCAGCGGUGGCGAUUCGACACUUAACCAGCAACAGGAACCCCUUGCCGUGCUCCAUAUUUGAAGAAACUAAAUUUAUGAAACUGAAAUCGAAACGCAUUGAAUUUAGACCAAAUUCGAGCUGGUAUCGAAUAAAAACACAAAUCCAUAAGGCA